CUAGUACGGUAUGGUAACCCUCUGUUCGGCUAAACGAUUUGUGCAGACAAAAGCUCUUGGGAUAACGUGUAACGUGGGUGAUUGUGAAUGUUGUAACGGAUUGGGUGAUGAGAAGAUUGGAUGUUGGUAGUGUUGCCUAAGGGAGAGAUGUGAAGGAUGGCGAGGCUCUUCCCAUUAGUAAAACAGCUGCUCAGGAAAGCCUGGAAAGGCAAGGCCCGAAGAGUGAGCGUGGAGUGCAGCCUGGAAAAUGGAGGAGCUACUGCGCACCGCGGCCUGCGUAUUGGACGGACCGGGAAGUCAGUUCCCCCAAAGUGGAGAGGGGGGAAAGGUGAGGUGCCUCGAGGUGUUGAGCUGGUGCAGGUGCAAGUGCAAGUACAAGUGCAGUGGUGCUCAAGCUACGGCCAAGCCAGGCAAAAAAGUGGAAGGACCAACCAAAUGCCCCUGGCAAUGGACCUGUGCAAGCUGCCGGGUGCCGUCAGGUUGUCCCUGUGUCCUGGUGCCGGUUGCUGGUGCUUGGUGGUGGUCCUGCUUGGUCUGUCCACGGGUGUCCUGUAUCCUGGUCCUGGUCCUGGUCCUGGUCCUGGGGAGAGUCCCGUCCGCUGGGCUGGGCUGGGCUGGGCUGGGCUGGCUGGGGGCUUAUUGGAUCCGUCACCCGGAAGGUACUGGGCUAAACUGUGAACACUGGACCGCCCCAGAGUCACCUCAGACAGCUGGAGGCAAGUUGACUGUGACUGUUUGACAGGGCCUUCCCUCUUCUUGGAUCGAGGACC